UCAUCGCUUUAGCACAUUUCUCCUCUCAGAUGUGCACAUUGCAAAGUCGCCUCGCCGAACAUCUGAACCCACACAAAUCCGCUCACUUUCUCUCUCUAUCUAUAUAUACAGUGAAAACAUAUACUAUCUGUAUGUAUACCUGUGUUGUUCUGGUAUUUUUAGUUUGUUAGACGACGGCGUUUGGAGUUAGGGUUUUUGGUUAUGAAGGAAUUAGUGGACGUACAAUUCGGGUGGAAUUGAGAGGUCAACGGUGAGGAUUUCGUCUCCGGAUGGAGGGAGGUAGCGUCUCUAGACUUUCUUCUGGGAAAUACAGAUGGAUUAUAAUGACAAUGACUAUGAAGGCCAGAAUCUUCAUUUAGCUGGUGAAGAUAGCUCCAAAAUAUCUUCGGUUUUGUGUCCAUAUGCUCUUCCUAAGUUUGAUUUUGAUGACAGUCUCCAGGGGCAUUUAAGAUUCGACAGUUUGGUUGAAAACGAAGUUUUUCUUGGAAUUGCAAGUCAGGAAGACAAUCAGUGGAUUGAGGAUUUUUCUCGGGGAAGCAGUGGAAUUGAGUUCCACUCCAGUGCAGCAGAAUCUUGUUCCUUGCCAAGGCGUAACAAUGUCUGGUCCGAGGCAACAUCAUCUGAAUCUGUUGAAAUGUUAUUGAAGGCAGUUGGACAGGAGGAGAUGGUCCCAGGUGAAGCUAUAGUAGAGGAAACAGACCCAGGUGAUCAAUAUUGUGGCAUGAUGGAACCAAUGGAAAGUAACCUGAAGCACGAUGACAAAAUUGUUGGCACCCAGGAUCCCAAUCAAUCAUUAACGCCAGGUGAACAUCACAGAGAUGCUUCUGUGUUGAAUCAGAGUGCAGGAGACCCAGGUGUUCAUGUGGAAUGUUCGUUACAUGCUGAAGGGAUGAAAGAUACUGCUGAUGAUAGUUUAGAAGUUGAUAGUGAGAAAAGUAGUUCAGGUGAGACUUGGAAAAAUUUGCGAAGUGAUUCAGAGUGUAUUAAUGAUGGUCAAGGGGAGCCCAAUGCUUCUAGGGAUAAAAUGCAAGAAAUUUUAUCUGUUCCUGGGAUACAAAAUGAUAUUAUGGAGAGCUCUUUGCAGAAAGUUACUGUGAGUGUGGGGGAGUUGAAUGAUCUGGACAAGGGUUGUGAUGUUAAAACUGUGAGUUUGAGUGGUUUGGAUAAAGAUAUUUUUAAGAGAUCCAAGUUAGAUAAGAAAGAGUUGAAUACAGAUGACGAAAUGAUGGGUGGAAGUGAUGCUGAAACUGUUAACUCAAAGUUGGGUGCUGCUUUUGGGGUUGCAUCGGAGACUGGAUCUAUAGAAGAGCGUGUAGUUGAAACCAGUAAAUUUGAGAAUCCAUCCCGUGUCAUGGAGAAGGGAGACUCUUUGCAGCUGACAUUAGAACGGUGCAAGGAAGAUUGUGAUGACCCUGGCGAUGGUAGCAUACGCGCAGCUGUGGCUCUCUCUGUGGGCACAGAGGUUAAACAGCAGAUCUCUGGUGAAAAUAAAUUAGACAAGGGGUCAUCUGUUUCCAUUCAACCAGAGGGCUGUAUUGAGCAUAGUACAGAAGGCAGAAAGGCUGAUGCCCUUGAAAUCUGCUCCAAAUCUGAGCUGAAGAAGGCUUCUGCUAUUCCAUCGCCAGAUGGACAGAGGAGUUCUAUUGAUAAAGAAGAUAUUUAUCAUGGAAGUAACAACCUGCUGGAGGCUUCACCUUCCACUUUUGAGGCUUCCACGUUAUCUGAGGUGCAAGGCAAUCCGUCAGAACAGGAUAAUGAAACCCUUGUUAAUCCUGCAAACAAGCUUGAUAAUUUGACAGUUACAUCCGUUGCUGGUGGAUGUGUUGGGGAAAAUCCAAUAAAUGAGGAUAAGAAAGAUGCCGAUGAUGAUCCUGGGAUGCAUACAAAAGUUCUAAACGAUGAUGAUGAUCAUAAUGGCUCAUCUAUUCUGUCUGGAUCCAUGCAAAUCUAUGAAGAAACCAAUCCCUCUAUGCAGACAGAUUCUCUUAAAUGUGAUCAGGGUCUUUCUGCAGGUCAGAAUCAGAAAGGAGAUGAGAAGUCACAUUUUGCUUGGAAUGAUAUGGGUUGUGAUAACAACGUGAAAGAGGUAGGAUUCACCAUUCCAGGUGAGGGAGUUAAAGAAAAUAUUGACUCAGUUCCUGGCUCAGCAUCCAAAAUUCACGUUGGGGAGCAUCCAGUUCUGAACACUGAGAUGGAAGAUACAAACGUGGCAUCACAGGUUGAGGAUCACAAUGAAGAGCUCGAGUUGCCUUUAAAUGAUGUGGAAUCAGUGCACAAAGAUGAGAAUGAAGAAACUGAAUUGAAAGUCCCUGCAGAACCAAGGAUCUCAAUUUUGGGGGGGACCUUGGAAAUGACAGAGAAGCCAACCCCUGUUUCUGAACCUCAAAAGGCUUCCCCUUGUGACUCUGCUGUGGAGGCGGGAUUUAAGACAGUCAAUCAAUCUAUUCCUGUGAUGGAGACUGCUGAUGCUGCAACCUGUGAUAAGGCCAGUCAAAAAUCUGAGAAUUUGGAAGCAUGUCCUGUGAGUGAAAUGAUUGUAGAAGAAGGUAAUGGCUCUGAAUCAGCACCUUUUGGGAAGCCAAUGGACAAGAGGAUUGAAAGAAAUCAUGGAGCUACUUCUUUGAUAGAUCCAGGUACUGGUGGUUCUGCGGAAAUUGAUCAAUCUAACCAGGUUUCUUCAAGUGGCAUUAGUUGCUGUGAGCAUACACAAAGUAAAAGAGAUGAACAGGAGAGCCUUCAAGGGAAUGUGGCUGAGAAUGUUCACAAAUCUGAAGGUGAAACACGCACUCAUCCAGGAUCAAAGGAUGUCUCCACUGAAGAUGGGACCUUUACUUUUGAUGUCGAACCACUGGCAUGUCGAUCAAAGGGAGAACCUGGCAAAAGUUCACAAUCAUUUCCCAAUAUUCAAGCUCAGAAAAUAUCUCUGGCUGUGGAGGGAACCCUUUCUACAUCUAGUAACCGUCAAGUGGAUGUUAAGUUAGUGCCAGAAAUUUCUCAUAGAAAUCCACUAGCACUUGAUGGGAGGGCACCCCCUGGAGGUCUUAAAGGUCCCUCUGAACGUAAAGCAAGGCGUGGUAGUGGUAAAUCUGUCAAAGAAAGUGGAAAAAAGGGAGUAAAGGAAACGAUACCACUGAAACAGAAUGAGAGGGGAGAGAAGUCACACGUGUCUUUGAGCCCAUCUGUGACAGGUCAACUCAUGCAAUUAGAAAUUGGAAAUGUUGAACGCGGUGCUACAAAGGCAAGUGGGAAUGUCUCUGUACCUACCUCUGACCUGCCAGAUCUGAACAGUUCUGCUCCUGCGUCUGUACUCUUUCGUCAGCCUUUUACAGAUUUACAGCAAGUGCAACUACGAGCACAGAUUUUUGUUUAUGGAUCCCUUAUCCAAGGAGCAGCACCUGAUGAGGCUUGUAUGGCGUCAGCCUUCGAUGGAGGGAAAGGCAUUUGGGAGCAUUCAUGGCGUGCUUGUGUUGAAAGGAUUCAUAAUAAAAAAUCUCAGGGAAAUAUAUCUGAAACACCUGUACAAUCACGUUCAGUUGCUAAAGCUUCAGAUCAAGCCAGUAAACAGGGUCUAUCUCAAAGUAAAGUACCUGCCUCAUCUGCAGGUCGAGCUAGCGGCAAGGCUUCCCUUUCAACGGCAUUUAAUUCCACGAUCCCUCUUUCAUCACCCCUAUGGAACAUAUCUACCCCAUCAGGUGAUGGUCUGCCUAGCAAUGUGAGCAGAUCUGCUAUUUUUGAUUACCAGGCUGUUUCUCCUUUGCAUCCUUAUCAGACUCCACCCAUUCGGAGCUUUGUUUCACCUACCACUUCUUGGCCAUCGCAAGCUCCCGUUCCUGGACCGUGGGUCGCUUCCUCACAAAGUUCUGCCUUUGAUAUUGGUCCUCAAUAUUCUGUAUUUCCUGUCACUGAACCAGUAAAAUUAACCCCAGUUAAAGAAUUAUCCAUUCCUAUUACUUCUGGUGCAAAGCAUGCAUCUCCCAUUCCGGUUGCUCAUUCCGGGGUUUCUAGUACCUCAGCAGUGCCUUUUUCCCUGGUUGACAUGAAAAAAGCUUCAGUAUCAUCAAGCCAUAAUUCUACUGGUACAAAGACUCGAAAGAGGAAAAAGACUUCUGGUGCUGAGGAUCUUGUACAAAGUUCUGCCGCAGCUACUCAGAGGGACCUAGUUUCUGCACCUGUAUUAGAUAGUCAUUUGUCAAAGAAGGCUCCUGUAGUGGAAAAUCUUAACCAAUUCUCUCUGCUUGCCCGAAGUGAGGCAGAAACAGUGCCUGCUCUUAAUGUUAGUAGUCAUUAUUCUACUUCUGUUACCAUAACAACUCCAUCUACUUUCGUGCCGAAAAGCAAUGCCGAUAAAUUUUUGGUUGCUGCAUCUCCGUCAAUUUUUAGUGAUAACCCAAGUAGGGGGGAAAUAAGUAUGGAGAAGAGGGUAAUAAAUCGGGAUGAUAUUAACAAGGUUGAGGAGGCAAAGCUUCAAGCUGAGUUGGCUGCUGCCCAGGCGGCCACUUCCAUCGGUCACUGCCAAGGUGUUUGGAGCCAGUUGGAUAAGCUAAAGAAUGCUGACUUGACGUCUGAUGCUGAGGCUAUGUUAGCUUCUGCUGCUGUUACCAUAGCAGCUGCUGCUUCUGUUGCAAAGGCUGCAGCUGCAGCUGCUCAGAUUGCUUCAGAAGCUGCAGUGCAAGCAAAACAAAUGGCGGAUGAUGCAGUGCUCAAGCAUGGAACUGCCAAUACUACCAGAAACAAUAUUGUUUCUCUUCCCAUGUUUGCACACAUUCACAAUCUGGGUAAUGCGACUCCUGCAUCCAUUUUGAAGGGUGGGGAUGGAAAUGGCGGUUCCAGUUCAAUCAUAUCUGCGGUUAGGGAAGCUGCUAGGAAAAAGGUUGAGGUUGCUUCAGCUGCCACAAGGCAUGCACAAAAUUUAGAUGCAAUUGUCAAGGCUGCAGAAUUGGCAGCCGAAGCAGUAUCGCAAGCAGGAAAAGUUGUAGCUAUGGGUGAUCCUUUGCCUUUGAUUGAAUUAGCAGAAGCUGGCCCAGAUGGUUAUUGGAAGGUCUCGCAUGCACCUUCUUUGCAGGUUUCAGAACCAGAUGACAUGAAUAGAAAUGAAUCUAACAACAAAUAUGUGAAUCAACAUGAGGAAUCUGACAAGGAAACAGUGGUUCAAAGAGCACUAACCAGAAAUAUAACUGAUGAUCGAAUCAUGGCAGAAGAUAGUUUGAUUGCCUCUGUCAAGCACAGGGAGAAUAAUUCAAAAGCACAAAAGGACCGUCAAACAUCUGACUCAGCUAAAACCAUUGGCAUUGUUUCUGAAUCGGAUAUUGAAUCAAGAUCCAAGUCUUCCAUUCGUGAUCGAAAUGGAAAUACAGCAAUCAUAACAGAAGGUUGCCUUGUUGAGGUUCUAAAAGAUCGUGAUGCUUUAAAUAAAGUAUGGUAUUCAGCAAAAGUAUCGAGUUUGAAGGAUGGGGAAGCCUUAGUUCAUUACACCAAACUCCAAUUUGAAGGAUCAGAAGAGCUGAAGGAAUGGGUACCACUGGAAGCAGAAGGUGAUAAUGCACCGAUAAUACGCAUUCCACAUCCUACGACCUUUGUGCAACUUGAAAGGACUAGGAAGAGAAGCAGAGCAGCUUUCAAGGAUUAUGCUUGGUCUGUUGGAGAUAGAGUUGAUGCAUGCGUGCAAGAUUGCUGGCAUGAAGGCAUGAUUACAGCAAAAGAUGAAAAAGAUGAAACCAGUUUAAGUGUCAGUUUCCCAGCUCGAGGAGAGACCUCUCUUAUCAAAGCAUGGAAUCUCAGGCCGACUCUAAUUUGGAGUGAUGGACAAUGGAUUGAAUGGUACAGAUCGAGACAAAAUGGUUCUUCACAGGGGGAGACACCUCAGGAGAAAAGGUUAAAGCGAGGAAGCAAUGCUAUUGAAUCAAAAGGGAAGGGGAAGAUGUCAAAAGACAUUGAAUUUGUGGAACUUGGGAUGCAAGAAGAAUCAGGACUACUUCCAUUAUCUUCUAAUGAGAAAGUUUUCAGUAUCGGCACUACCAGGGACGAGAAUAAGGUAGACACGACGAGAACAAUGAGGUCUGGGUUGCAGAAAGAUGGAUCUAAAGUUAUAUUUGGCGUCCCUAAACCUGGAAAGAAGAGGAAGUUCAUGGAUGUUAGUAAGCAUUAUGUUUCAGAUAAGAGCAACAAGACUAACGUGCCCAGCGAUUCCGUGAAGUUAGCUAACUGUUUAAUGCCUCAAGGAUCAGGAUCCCGCGGGUGGAAAAAUAGUUCUAAAAUAGAUUCGAAAGAGAAACAAGCAGCUGAAUCUAAAUCCAAAAGUCUUAAUCCUGGAAAACCACCUAUUCCAAGUAGGAUGUCAUCUCGUAAGGAUUACUCGACCUACUCAAAAGAUGAGAAUGAAUCAGGUGAGCGAAAUCUGACUGCAUUUGGAACCGUUUCUAAUGUUAAAGAGGUAGCUGAAGGACCUGUUGUAUUUUCUUCUCAAGCUUCCUCCCAAGAGAUUCGUAAGAGAGCACCAUCAGCAAAUACAAAGUCUGACCGAUCCAACAAAGGAAAACUCAUUCCUGCUGGUAGGAAGCCAGCAAAUAAUGAUGCUAAUUACAGCUCUGCUCCUGAAGUAGUUGAACCCCGUCGAUCAAAUCGCCGAAUUCAACCAACAUCAAGGCUAUUGGAAGGGCUGCAAAGCUCACUGAUUAUCUCAAAGGUUCCAACUUCUUCCCAAGACAAGAUUCACAGAAACAUCAGCAAGGGCACAUCUAGAAGGGAAUAAUGAAUUCUGGAUGACAUGAGUGCUGUCAAAUUGAUCUCUUUGUGGGAUUGGAUAGAUCAAGUGUCGAUUGCAUAUGUUUUUAGUUUAUUUAUUAUCAUAGAGGUUGAAUCUGGGAAUAGAAAUGCUCGCUCGUGUGUUCCUGCUGUAAAAUUUAGGUGUACUAGAUGUUCAUAUUGAUUUAGUUGCUUAUAGAUUCAGAACGAUGAUGUGUUUUUGUUUCAAUUGGGAUAGGCUGUAUAUGAAAAUUUCGAUUUUAGUUUUGCAAGAAGCAUUGCAGGACAUCUAUUUAUAGGAAAUCCUUAGAUCUUGCAGUUUCAUUCA